AUGACUAAAUCCAUGAUCGACGUGCUGGUUAUCGGAGCUGGAGGAGCUGGACUUGCCGCCGCUCUUGGUGCGGCCCAGGCCGGCGCAAAGGUUGUUGUUGUGGAAAAGACCAAUUUUAUUGGAGGCCCGAAUCGAAUUAACCCCGGCAGUCUGGGAAUGUGUGCCGUGGAGAGCUGGAUGCAGGCCGAAAUGCACGUUGGAGUUUCCCAGGCCUGCGCCUAUCGCAUGCUCAUGGAGCAUUCUCGCUGGCGUACCGACGGCCGCAUUGUAUCGGCCUUUAUUCGCAACUCGGGCGCAACAAUCGAGUGGUUCAACCAGAUGGGCAUACGUUUCGAUCGUGUGCUUGCCUACUACACGGGUGCAGAGGUCGUAUUUCAUGUCAGAAAUGAUCCAGAAAACCCUGUCAUUGCAGACGUACUCGAAGCGAAAGCGCGAGACCUUCAUGUCGAUUUUCAAUUACAAACCAAAGCCACUCGUCUUCUCACGGAAAACGAAUGUAUCAUCGGCUGUGAGGUGAUGGACCUUGAGGGCGGCAUUCAUAAUCUCCAUGCAGCUCGCACAGUGAUUGCUACUGGUGAAUACCAAGGUUCUCCCGAGCUGAUCGAAAAGUUGACCGGGCUGCGCCAAGGGGUAGAUCUCUUCACCUUCAAGAUGUUCACUCAUCCGCAGCAUCAAGGUGACGGGCUCUUGAUGGCCUGGGAAGCCGGUGCUGCUCAGUCUCCGACUAUGCUGGAAACAUAUCUCUACCUUCCUGACCCGUACGGGGGCCCUGGUGGCACUGCAGUCGAGUUGAGCACAUUUCGCCAACCAGGGCUUUUGGUCAACCAACUUGGUGCUCGAUUUGUGGAUGAAGCCAUAGUUAAAAAUCCAGCAGAUGCAGCCAAUGCUGUGCGUCGACAGCCAGGUAGCUACGCCUAUAUGAUCACGACCGAAACUAUAGACCACGAGCUCCGAACUCUGGGUAUAGAUUACCAGCUAUUUGCCCUGUACCAGCCACCUGGAAAAUUGGGCCCUCUGCGUGAUCAUGUCUCUUCAGCGAUCGAUUCUGGAUAUAAAAAUCUUUUCCAGGCCGAGAGUCUCGAGGAAUUGGCCGUACAACUUAUGGUACCCGAAAAGAAACUCGCUGAGACAGUCGCGGCCUACGAUGAAUUCUGUCAUAUUGGCAUUGAUAGCGAAUUCUUCAAGGACCCCAAAUAUCUUCGUGAGAUAGGUAGUAAAGGCCCAUUCUUUGCAGCAAAGUUUUGCCUUGGAAGCUAUGGCAGCUCUGGUGGUAUCGCUAUCAAUGAACAUGGGCAGGCUUUAAAUUCAGAUCAAUGCCCGAUUCCAGGACUCUACGCAACUGGCCGUGACGCAAAUUCUAUCUAUGGUGGAACAUACCCUUUUGCAUUCGCUGGCGCUAUUGAAGGGUUCAGCUAUACCAUGGGUCGACUGGCUGGUAAGCAUGCUGCAGAUAGCUUGUUUUGA